AUGAACUCCCUUCUCAACCAAUACGAAGAGGUGUUCAGCAACAUAGCUGGCAAACUAAAGGGACCUCCUGCUUCACUUCAUUUUAAGCCUGACGUGUCACCAGUGUUUAUGAGAGCAAGGGAAAUUCCUUUGGCAUUGCGGGAUGCUUAUGCCAAAGAGAUCGACUCGAAAAUUUCCUCAGGAUUCUAUAAAAAAGUGGAAUACUCGGAAUGGGCAUCAACAACACAUAUAGUAUCCAAGAAAAAUGGACGUAUUCGUAUUACUGGGAAUUACAAGCCAACACUUAAUCCACGAAUAAUCAUUGAUGAACAUCCAAUUCCAAAAGUUGAGGAUAUAUUUAAUCAAAUGAAAGAUGCAAGAGUAUUCUGCCACUUGGACGUCACAGAUGCCUAUUCACAUUUACCCAUUGACGAGGAGUUCAGCCAUGCCAUGACAUUGAACACCACUACCCAUGGAUUAAUUCGGCCAACUCGUGCUGUAUACGGAGCUGCAAACAUUCCGGCAAUUUGGCAGCGGCGAAUCGAAAUGGUGUUUCAAGGCAUUCGAAAUGUUAGAAUCUUCUUCGACGACAUCCUUAUUCAUGCCAAAAAUUUUGAUGAAAUGCUGGAAGUUGUCAAUCUGGUCUUGGAGAGAGUAAGAGAACAUGGACUUCAUUUGAAUCGAGAGAAAUGUGUGUUUGCGACAUCAUGCGUAGAAUUUCUGGGACAUAAAAUAGAUGCUAAUGGGAUUCAAAAAUCAGACAAACACACAGAAGCAGUGAAAAAAGCACCAAAACCUUCCACCUUCGAAGAACUGCAACUAUUUUUGGGUAAGGCAACUUAUUAUAGUUUAUAUUAUAUAGAACAGCGAUACCCUCAGAUCGAUAAGGAGGCAUUAGCUAUUGUCUGGGCUGUACAAAAGUUUUUCAUGUAUUUAUACGCUCGCCAUUGGACCCUCAUCACCGACCACAAGCCAUUGUCUCAAAUUCUGCACCCAGAAAAAUCUUUACCUGUUCUCUGUAUCAGCAGAAUGGCAAAUUAUGCUGAGUUCCUGACCAACUUCAAUUAUGAUGUCAAAUUCAAAACAACCAAAGAAAACGCGAAUGCUGAUUACUUCUCACGAGCUUCUUUAGAAACAGAUGUCAAUAAAAUUACCCAAUCGCAACAAGUUUUUGAUUCUGAAACAGAAUAUGACCCAUUCGAUAAUUUCUUAGUUCAUCAAAUUCAUCAACUGCCACUCAAUGCAAAACGAAUUGCUCAAGAAACUAGAAAAGAUCUACAUUUGGGCAAAAUGUGUUCCAUACUCGAAUCAGGUCAAUGUCUAGUCCGAUCGGGUUUCAAAUCGCCUGAGUCCAGCUAUAGGUUAGCUGCAAAUUGCCUUGUCUUUGAACACAGAGUGGUAAUUCCAUCAACUUUACGUGAAAAAGUUCUUGCAGAUCUUCACUUAGCGCAUUUGGGAAUGGUGAAGAUGAAAGGUUUGGCACGAUCAUUUGUUUUUUGGCCGGGAAUUGACGCAGAUAUCGAACGUAUGGCAAGGAAUUGUAGCAACUGUACUAAAAAUGCACACUUACCCCCUCAGUUUCGAGAACACCAUUGA